UUCCUGCAAGCAGCAAGUGAGAAUGAUAAAACAUUACUUGAAUGCCUUUUGAAUGAUGGUGUGGAUGUGACGCACGCGGACGCAUCUGGGGAAACGGCGUUACAUUUGGCAGCUGAUAAGGGAUCUUUGGAUUGUCUGCAAGCGUUGCUGGAACAUGGAGCCAACGUCAACGCCACUGACCAAGACGGCAUUUCGGUCCUGCAAGCUGCAGUGAUUGCCGGGCACGUCGAAAUUUGUCGCCUGUUGUUACAACAUGGAGCUCGUCCGGAU